AUGAGAAACUGGAGUGCAUUGCUUGUGCUGGUUUUAGUAGCUGUAGUGCAUGCAACAGCAAGUACACUGCAUUGGGUUGGUGACAAGAAGAACUUUGUGUUUCGUGAUGUUGGUGGUUUUGCUGCUGGCGUUUUUGGCGGAGUUGGGAAGUAUGGCGGAAUUGGUGGUGGCAUUGGCAAGUACGGUGGUAUUGGUGGGAAGUAUGGUGGGAUUGGCGGUGGUAUUGGCAAGUUCAAGUAUGGUGGGAUCGGCGGUGCAGCGGGAUUCGGUAGCACUAGCCAUGCUGGAAUUGGUGGUGUUCAUGGUGGUGGCUUCCAUGGGGUUGGUGGGGGAGCUGGCAUUGCUGGAUUUCAUGCAGUUGGUGGAGGGUUAGGUGGCCCCGGUGGUGGUGUGGGAGGCUUAGGUGGGAAAGGUGGUGGUAUUGGAGGUUUAGGUGGCCCUGGUGGUGGUGGUUUGGGAGGCUUAGGUGGGAAUGGAGGUGGUGCUGGCGGAGGGGGAGGUAAUUUGGGUUGUGGUAUCUUUCACCACUGUAAUGAUCCUUGA